GAUCUUUUACAAUUAGAGCAUCCACCAUCCCCACGCUGAAGCUGAAGCACACCCCCCGCCCUUCCUGCACGACGGGAAGACUACAACCAAGUGCCAGCCCGGAGAUGCGCUACAGACCCAGCAGCCACGGAGCACGGAGCGAGAGAAAAUUUUACCCGGAGCCUGUAAUUAACCCACUAUUUGGUGUCUUUUAUGGAAAAUUAUUUUUGUGUCCAGACGCAAGGAGAGGCUCACCUGAAGAAAAUUAAACACAGAUUGCAGCAAACUGGUUCAAGUUUUAUCUGCGUGGAGUAAAGUUACUCCCCUGACCUUUGUGGACUAAUGAUGGCUCUAAUGGUUCACCUGAAGACGGCCGCUCACCUUCCGGGGAAAGGUGACAGGAUCGCCAAAGUUACAUUCAGAGGUCUGUCGUUCUACAGCCGUGUGGCAGAGAACUGUGAGGAGGCGGCCCACUUUAAUGAGACAUUUCGAUGGCCUAUUGCCAGCAGGCUGGAUGGAAACGAGAUGCUGGAGAUCCAAGUGUACAAUUACAGCAAAGUCUUUUCCAACAGACUGGUGGGGACUUUCUGUAUGGUACUUCAGAAGGUGGCUGAGGAAGGACACCUAGAGCUGACCGACACACUCAUCGAUGAUAACAACACGUCAAUAAAGACCAGCGUUACUAUAGAGAUCAGAUACCAGUCGAUGGAUGGCACAGUGGGAGUGUGGAGCGACGGGGAGUUCCUGGAUGUUCCUGACGACCGUGAUGGGAUGUUUGCCUUUGAAACAGACAGCUUGCUGUCAGGACAAAGCCACGGGUCAGGGACGUCUCCUGGACGAUCCUUACAGGGAUCCAUACCAACCUUCAGGAAUCCUGAUGUGGGAGCAGACGAUGACGACAUGAAGACAUGCCUCUUGGGAUCAAAGGAAAAGAAGGAAAGAGGAAAUAAUAGCAAAGGAAAGGAAAGGAAAGUGAAGGGAGUGAAACACAAAGCAGGGAAGGGAGUUUUCUCAGCCAUGAAGCUUGGCAAGAUCAAGAGCUCUAAAGACGAUCACAAGAAAGGAGAUGAGCCGGCGGUCCUGGACAUGGAGGACCUGGACAGGAAGGCGAUGCGUCUUGCUGGAUCACUGGACCCAGACACCGUCUCUCUGGCCUCUGUCACCGCCGUCACCACCAACGUCUCCAAUAAGAGGUCAAAGCCAGAUAUCAAGAUGGAACCGAGCUCUGGACGACCAGUGGAUUAUCAGAUCAGCAUCACAGUGGUCGAGGCCCGGCAGCUGAUAGGCCUCAACAUGGACCCUGUGGUGUGUGUGGAGAUCGGAGACGAAAAGAAGUACACGUCUAUGAAGGAGUCCACCAACUGCCCAUACUACAAUGAGUAUUUUGUCUUUGACUUCCACGUCCCUCCUGAUGUCAUGUUUGAUAAGAUCAUCAAGCUCUCAGUUAUUCACUCUAAAAAUCUUCUUCGGAGUGGGACCUUGGUGGGAACCUUUAAGAUGGAUGUCGGGACUGUUUACUCUCAGCCUGAACAUCAGUUUUACCACAAGUGGGCCAUCCUGUCUGAUCCUGAUGACAUAACAGCAGGGUGUAAAGGAUAUAUAAAAUGUGACAUCGCUGUUGUCGGGAAGGGUGACAACAUCAAGACCCCACACAAGGCUAACGAGACAGAUGAAGAUGACAUAGAGGGGAACCUCCUGCUCCCAGAGGGAAUCCCAGCAGAGAGGCAGUGGGCAAGGUUUUAUGUGAAGAUCUACCGCGCUGAGGGACUUCCUAAAAUGAACACCAGCAUCAUGGCUAAUGUGAAGAAGGCCUUCAUAGGAGAGAACAGAGACCUGGUGGACCCCUACGUUCAAGUGCAGUUUGCUGGGCAGAAAGGGAAAACUUCAGUCCAGAAGAGCAGUUAUGAACCAAUCUGGAACGAGCAGGUCAUCUUCACUGAGUUGUUCCCUCCACUCUGCAAACGCAUGAAGGUCCAGAUACGAGACUCGGAUAAGGUCAACGACGUUGCCAUAGGAACCCACUUUAUUGACCUACGCAAGAUCUCAAAUGAUGGUGACAAAGGGUUCCUGCCCACACUGGGUCCAGCUUGGGCCAACAUGUACGGUUCCACCCGUCAGUAUACUCUGAUGGACGAGCACCAGGACCUGAAUGAGGGUCUUGGAGAAGGCGUGUCCUUCAGAGCCCGUCUCCUGCUCUCCAUUGCUGUGGAGAUCCUGGACACCUCUUCACCUGAGAUCAUAAGCUCCACCGAGGUGCAGGUAGAGACUGUCUCCAACAUCUCAGAGAGCGCCACUGGGAAAAUAGAUGAGUUCUUCCUCUUUGGUUCCUUCCUGGAGGCCACCAUGAUCGACAGGAAGAUUGGUGACAAACCAAUAACUUUUGAAAUCACGAUAGGUAACUAUGGCAACCAGAUAGAUGGUGUAAGCAAGCCUUCAUCAGCAAGGAAGAAGAAGAAAGAUGGGGAGAAUGAUAAAGAGGAGAGCGAGCUCAUCCAGAACUCCAGUGAGGACGAGACAGAUGAGGACGGGGACCUGGUCUCUGUCUCCUCCACUCCUCUAAUGAAGCCUGUCAUCACCGACAGGAAUUACUUCCAUCUUCCCUACUUUGAAAAGAAGCCAUGUGUCUACAUCAAAAGCUGGUGGCAGGACCAGAGAAGACGACUUUACAACUCCAACAUGAUGGACAAGAUCGCUGACAAGCUGGAAGAGGGUUUGAAUGAUGUUCAGGAGAUCAUUAAGACAGAGAAGGCUUUUCCAGAACGCAGACUCAGGGGAGUGCUGGAGGAGCUCAGCAUCGGCUGCAGUCGGUUUGUGACUCUGGCUAACAAGGAUAUGAACCAGGCAGGCCGAACCAAACUGGAUCGAGAACGGCUCAAGUCCUGCAUGAGAGAGAUGGACAGCAUGGGCCAGCAGGCCAAGCAGAUCCGGACUCAGGUGAAGAAAAACACAGUCAGAGACAAACUCAAGCUGGUGCAGAACUUCCUGCAGAAGCUCCGUUUCCUCGCUGACGAGCCUCAGCACAGCAUCCCAGAUGUUUUCAUCUGGAUGAUGAGCAACAACAAACGCAUCGCCUAUGCCCGGAUUCCUUCCAAAGACAUUCUGUACUCCAUAGUUGAUGAGGAAACAGGAAAAGACUGCGGCAAAGUCAAAGCUGUCUUCCUCAAGCUGCCUGGUAAGAAGGGCUUUGGUCAUGCAGGCUGGACAGUUCAGGCUAAGCUGGAGUUGUAUCUGUGGCUUGGCCUCAACAAGCAAAGGAAGGACUUCCUCAGUGGUCUGCCUAAUGGUUUUGAAGAGAUCAAAGCCGCUAAAAUGGGCCCCGGUCUUCAGUCUGUCCCCCCCGUCAGCCUCGUCUACAACAUGAAGCAGGUGUUUCAGCUGAGAGCACACAUGUACCAGGCCCGCAGUCUGUUUGCUGCUGACAGCAGCGGCCUUUCAGAUCCCUUCGCUCGGGUCUUCUUCUCCACACACAGCCAGGUUACUGAGGUCCUGAGCGAGACUCUUUGCCCUACAUGGGACCAGCUGCUGGUGUUUGACGAUGUGGAGCUGUUUGGGGAAGCCAGUGAGCUGAGAGACGACCCACCAAUCAUUGUAGUUGAAAUCUAUGACCAGGACACUGUGGGGAAGGCAGAGUUCAUAGGUCGAACGUUUGCGAAGCCCACCAUCAAGAUGUGUGACGAGUACUACGGCCCCCCGAGGUUCCCACCACAGCUGGAGUACUACCAGGUUUAUAGAGGGAACUUCACUGCCGGGGAACUGCUGGCUGCCUUUGAGCUGCUACAGAUACCUUUCGAUGAGGAGGCAAUUAGGCGAGCUCUGAUCGCUGUCCAUAACUUUGCUGUUCCUCAAAUAAAGAUUGGUCAAGGAGGGAGGACCGAUCUUCCUCCCCUUGAAGGGCCGACAGACUCGGAGCGUGGACCCAUUCUGCCUGUGCCGUUGGGCAUCCGACCCGUCCUAAGUCGCUACCGCAUAGAGGUUUUGUUCUGGGGCUUAAGGGACCUGAAGAGGAUUAACCUGGCCCAGGUGGAUCGGCCCCGUGUGGACAUAGAGUGUGCAGGUAGAGGUGUGCAGUCUGUCCUCAUCCAGAACUACAAGAAAAACCCCAACUUCAGCACCCUGGUUAAAUGGUUUGAGGUGGACCUUCCAGAGAAUGAGCUUCUCCACCCUCCUCUCAACAUCCGGGUGGUGGACUGCCGGGCAUUCGGCCGGUACAUCCUGGUGGGGUCCCAUGCUGUCACCAGCCUGAGACGUUUCAUCUACAGCACUCCAGACAAGACCUCCAACAACUGGGCCACUGCAGCUAAGCUAAUGAAUGGCUACAUGGUCCUUGCCAAUGGUGGCUCCCAGCCUCGCUCCUCACCCAGCCUUUCCUCCCGCACCCUCUCUCGCCCCGCAGGUGACAUCAUCGUCAACAUGGACACCGAGCCUCCGGUCCGAAAGAUGGACACAGUCGUUAAGUUAGACGCUACGUCUGACGCUGUUGUAAAAGUUGGUAUGACUGAGGAGGAGAGUGACAAAGAGAAAAAGAAGAAGAAGAAGAAAAAGAAGGGAGGGGUGGAGGAAGAGGAUGAGACAGAUGAGAGAGUGCUGGACUGGUGGUCCAAAUAUUUUGCUUCAAUAGAGACGCUGAAGGAGACCCUCAGAGCCCAGGAGGCGGCUCAGGCAGAGGCGGAGGAGAGAGAGGACCUGGAGAUAGCUGCAGAGGCAGCAGAUAUAAAACCCGAUGACCUUCUUGUGAAAGGCUCCAAGACAAAGGAAAAGAGCAAAGAGAAGAAGAGCUCCAAGGACAAGAAGAAGGGUCAGGCUGCAGACGGCUCGGAGAAACGACCGGCUAAAGCAAAAGUAGACGAGCUGUUGGUGUACAACAAGGAGCUGGAGAGUGAGUAUGGCAACUUUGAAGACUGGCUCCACACUUUCAACUUGUACAGAGGAAAGGCUGGGGAUGACGACGAACAUGCUCUGGAUGAUGACAGGAUUGUUGGCAGAUUCAAGGGAUCCUUGUGUAUGUACAAGCUACCUCUGUCUGAGGAGAUCACAAGAGAGGCAGGAUUUGAUCCUAAUAUGGGCAUGUUCCAGAGCAUUCCACAUAAUGAUCCAAUAAAUGUCCUUGUCCGUGUCUAUGUGGUCAGGGCUACAGAUCUUCAUCCUGCUGAUAUCAAUGGGAAGGCUGAUCCAUACAUUGUCAUCAAGCUGGGCAAGUCAGAGGUCAAGGACAAAGAGAACUACAUCUCCAAACAGCUCAAUCCUGUAUUUGGCAAAUCAUUUGACAUUGAGGCCACGUUCCCCAUGGAGUCCAUGCUAACGGUGUCCGUGUACGACUGGGACCUGGUCGGCACUGAUGACCUGAUUGGAGAGACAAAGAUUGACCUGGAGAAUCGUUUCUACAGCAAAUACAGAGCCACCUGCGGCAUUUCAUCCAACUACUCUGUCCAUGGAUACAAUGUUUGGCGGGACCCUAUGAAGCCCAGUCAGAUCCUGGUGAAGCUCUGUAAGGACGGCAAGAUUGACGGACCUCAUUAUGGGCCAGGAGGCAAAGUCAAGGUGGCGAAUCGAAUCUUUCUGGGAUCUACAGAGAUCGAGGAUGAAAAUGGUCUGAAGAAGCAGACUGAGGAGCAUUUGGCUCUGACAGUGCUGAACCACUGGGAGGAGAUCCCGAGGGUGGGCUGCAAGCUCGUCCCUGAACACGUGGAGACCAGACCCCUGCUUAACCCCGACAAACCCGGCAUCGAACAGGGCCGUAUUGAGAUGUGGGUGGACAUGUUUCCUAUGGACAUGCCUGCUCCUGGACCUGCGAUUGACAUAUCACCACGGAAACCAAAGAGAUAUGAGCUCAGGGUGAUUAUUUGGAAUACAGACGAAGUAAUACUGGAGGACGAUGAUUACUUCACUGGGGAAAAGUCCAGUGACAUAUUUGUCAGGGGAUGGCUGAAAGGACAGCAGGAGGAUAAGCAGGACACAGAUGUGCACUAUCACUCCCUGACUGGUGAGGGAAACUUUAACUGGCGCUUUGUCUUCCCCUUCGAUUACCUCAUGGCUGAGGAGAAGAUCGUCAUCUCUAAGAAAGAGUCCAUGUUCUCCUGGGAUGAGACUGAAUAUAAGAUCCCUCCUCGCCUCACGCUGCAGGUUUGGGAUGCCGACCACUUCUCUGCUGAUGACUUCCUGGGUGCGAUUGAGCUGGACCUAAACCGGUUCCCUCGUGGCGCCAAAACGGCCAAGCAGUGUUCCCUUGACAUGAUCCGAAAUGAGCAGGAGCUGCCCACCAUUUCCAUCUUCAAACAAAAGAGGGUCAAAGGCUGGUGGCCAUUUGUAGCCCGAGAUGAGAACGAUGAGAUGGAGCUAACGGGUAAGGUAGAAGCUGAGCUUCAUCUGGUGACAGCAGAAGAGGCGGAGAAAAGUCCUGUAGGACUUGGACGAAAUGAGCCUGAUCCACUGGAGAAACCAAAUCGCCCAGACACCACCUUCCUGUGGUUCCUGAGCCCACUGAAAGCCAUCCGCUACCUGGUGUGCAACCGCUACAAGUGGCUGAUCAUCAAGAUCGUGCUGGCCCUGCUGCUGCUCAUCAUGCUGGGCCUCUUCCUCUACAGCAUGCCGGGCUACCUUGUCAAGAAACUGCUGGGGGCCUGAGAGGCUACUGGGAGGACAGGGGGGUGGCCAGCUGGAUAGAUGGAAGGAUGGAUGAAUGGGGGAGGCACUUGUGGAGGAGAGUAUGAGGAGUCUCCCUUAGUCUCACCCAUAGGAAGGGAGGCAGAGGGAGGAGAAGGCGCUUUGGAGGUCUGGUUGUAUUAUUUUCUCCUCCCUAAUCCAUUCUGAUCGUCAUAAACAGCUCGCCACCUUCCACCUUAGCACCUUAGCUCUGAGGAGAGAGGCAGAUGACGACCCCCCCAAAAAAAAAAAAAAAAAGUAAUGAGAAACAGUAAUCCUCUAUCCAAUCUGCAGCAAGCCUAACAAAUUGAAUGCUCAGUAUCUGGACUCCAUCCUUGAACUGAACUAAAAAGCAAUCACUUUGCCACAAAGUAACACCUUCUUCUUUCCAAGCAAUGUUACAAAUGUUACAUGACAGUGAAUGUUUCUUUAUCUGUUCAUACAGCUUAUUAAGCUAAAUCAAAGUGUUGUGUUAGUGGUCAGACGAUUGCAUGGACAUUCAUUUCAAGUGAUGCUAUAAGGUCUCCCAUUACUGCUACAAUGUCUGCUGUUGAAAGUAAAUAGGGAACAAAUUAACAAUAUUUAGCAUUUAUAUGUUAAUAUAUAUAAACAUUUAAUAAAUUGUUUACACAAUUCACUGUAAUGUAGUUGUAAGCAGAUGUAAGGACUUUUUAAGUGUUUAUUAAUG